AUGAUUAAUGGAUUGAUUUUGGAAGGAGAUGAACAGAGGUUUGCUAUAUCUACCAAAAUAGAAAGCGAUUCAGCGCGUGAUUGUACGCGCGGUUGGUGGCAGAUUCAAAAAAAUGAUGAUUCUUCCAAGUCAAAGUUGGAAGGAAUCUUGGAAGCAAAAACAGUUUCACUAUUGUCCAAGAAAGCAAGUGAAGAUGCAACAACUAUCAAACCAGCUUUAACUUCAAAUAAGUUAGCUGCAAAAGCAAUGAAGCUUCAUAUGAAAGGGAUGCAUGAUGUAAUAGACAAAGCAGCCGAUGUGUCAAACAUACUACCAAUUUGUAGGAGCACAAGCAGAUAUGUUAUGCAUGAUGCAUAUGCUCGCGAAAAGAAGAGGGAGGAUGUUGAUGUGCAUCUUCCUCAGCAAAUAGUGCAAAAUCGACAGUACAAUGCAUAUUGUCAGGCAGAUGAAUAUGAUUAUGACGAUGAGCCAAGGAGAAAGAUCCAGAAGAAAGCCGGUGUGGAAAAUAGCAGGCACAUGUUGAUUCAGCAGGAGAGAUGCCAUUUUUGUUUUGAGAAUCAUGAUCCAAAGCACUUGGUGGUUGCCAUCACGAAUUUCACUUACUUAACAUUGCCAAAGUGGCAACCAAUUGUCCCUGGUCAUUGUUGCAUCUUAACUAUACAGCAUGAAUCAGCUACAAGAUCUUUAGAUGAUAAUGCCUGGGAGGAAAUUCGGAACUUGAAGAAAUGCCUCAUUAUGAUGUUUGCAAAGCAGGAGAAAGUUCUUGUGUUUCUUGAAACUGUGAUGGGUUUGGCCCAACAAAGGCGCCAUUGUUUGGUAGAAUGCAUUCCUUUAACCAGGAAAGUCGCAAAACAGGCACCUUUGUUCUUUAAGAAGGCUAUUGAUGAAGCAGAAGAUGAAUGGAGUCAGCACAAUGCUAAAAAGCUCAUAGAUACAAGUGUAAAGGGAUUGCGGGCUUCAAUCCCAAAGGAUUUUCCCUAUUUCCUUGUCGAAUUUGGCCUAAACAAGGGGUUUGUUCAUGUAAUAGACGAUGAAAAACAAUUCAAAGGGAGUUUUGGCUUCAAUGUGAUAAGAGGGAUGCUGAAGUUGUCACCUGAAGAAAUGAAUCAGCAUUGGAAGCACGAAUCAUUGGAUACAAAAAAACAAGCUGGGGCAAGUUUUGCCCGAGAUUGGGAGCCUUUUGACUGGACUAAACAGCUCGAAUGACUAUCAUUCGGUAUUCAACUGAAGUUUACAGUACAGAUGUGUCAUAUCUGCACUAAGUAGUUAAAUGUAUAAUACAUUGCUUUGUUCCCUGUAAAUGGAAUUGUCCAUGCUGAAGUAUGGGGGUAGAUAUAUAAUAUUUUGUAUCUUGAUUACUUAGCUAUGCAUUUUGACUGGACUAAACAGCUAUUGACUAGCAUUUUGCAUUA